UUGUUUUCACCUGCUUUUCUCGUCACCGCCCCAUGGUCCCAGGCUCCCUGAGAGGACUCUGUUGGAGAAAGGCUGGACAAGCUCAAAGUCUGGGGUGAACUGUAUGUCCUAAGUGGCUCUCAUACUUCUUUAGAUAUGAACACCUGUUUAGCUGCUAGGAAAGAAAAAACAAUAUUGGCCUGCGCACCACUGGUUGAUAACUCCAUGUGGGCCCUCAAUUGCGCCCACUCACACUUUUAAUAAAAUGGCACGUAUGUUCCUCAUUGCUCUUUUCUUCUCAGGCAAAUAUAAGCAUCACCAAGUCAGCUUCCCUUACCACCUGAAGCAAGGCAGCUACGCAGAAUUCUCAGUAGUAAGAACGUAAGAGCUGCUUACCUGUGUAAGCGCUUGACUUGGCGGUAAGCAUCUAGUGUCGGCCCUCUGCUUUCACAGCUGCCUCUUGUGGACGUUUUAAACACACCCGUGAGGGCCCUUAGCAGCCUAGCUUGUCAGUCACAUCCCCUCACUCUGAGAGAAGGUCCGCAUCUCAGAAAUGCCACUUUGUCAUGGGUCACCUUGCCCUGUUGUCCGACAGAAGCUGCCUUUUAGUCCACCCGAGAGCCACUGGAGAUUUUCUGGCACCAGGAAGGGACCAUUAAGCUGGGAAUGCUCCAUCAGAUAAGAGUUAAAAGCAGGACCCAGGCCGUGACCACUCAUCUCCUGGAAGGAUGGCCCCUGGCUACCUAAGGGGCAGAGGUGGGCUGGUGAGAGACACACACUGAGAGGGCAGCCCAGCUGUGGCUGGGGUUGUCAGCAGCUCUCUGGGGAGAGGAUUCUGUUUCUGCAGCCGUGUGGAGGGCUUCCCGGUACACUCCCGGGGUACACUCGGAGGAUACACUCUGGGGGUACACUCUCUUGGCCCCACAACUCUUCCUCAUUGUUCUUCACUCAGCACCUGUAACUUUUCCACCAUGAAAGAGGUUUAGAAGUUCUACAGAGAUUUAUAAAUUUUCGAGCCUACCUCCCUAAAUAGAUAUAAGAAGAAGAAAAAUAGAGCCCAGAGAAGUUAAGCAACUCAGCCAGCGGCAAACAGCCUGAUCUAGACUGUCCAAAAGUGGGAUCUAAGAAAUAAUUGUCACAGAAGGUAUAUUUUUUUGAGAAAAAAAAAACCCUAAAGUUCACAGACAAGAGAAUUUAAGAAAUAAUAAUUGUCUAUUCACCGUUAUCUGUGCUAUUUAUUCUCCCCCCCCUCUCUCUCUCUCUCUGUGUGUGUGUGUGUGGGGGGGGGGGUUGGUUUGGGUUUUGGGUUUUGGGUUUGGGGUUUUGGGUUUUUGGUUUUUGGUUUUGGGUUUUGGUUUUGGUUUUGGUUUUGGUUUUCAAGACAGGGUUUCUCUGUGUAGCUUUGGAGCCUGUCCUGGAUGUCGCUGUGUAGACCAGGCUGGCCUGGAACUAACUCACAGAGAUCCAUCCGCCUGCCUCUGCCUCCCAAGUGCUGGGAUUAAAGGCUUGUGCCACCACUGCCCGGCCUUACCUUGUUUUUGGAUACAGGAUCUCAGUCACCUGGGACUUACUGAGUGGGUGUGCUAGGCUAGCCAGCCAGCAAUCCCCAGAGAUCCACUGUCUUUGCCUUCUGAGUGCUGGGAUUCCGAGUUUUUGAACAUGGGUUCUGAGGACUAAACUAAGGUCGCUGGAAUCGCAUGGCAAGUACUUUCCUGGCUGAGCCAUUUCCCCAGCCCUCUAACAACAUUGACUCUGCUAUCAAAAUGAACGCGUUUAGGAAGCAGGUCUAACCUCUCACAAUCACAACGCACCCGUGAGUGUUGAGGCUUCAGGACUAGAAACUGCACAGCUACCUAAAACAAGAAGAAUGACUGAGGUCGACCAUUCCAGGGAGUGAGAUGCAGCCUGUCAGUGCUGCCGCUCAAUAACCUUUAGCAUAACGAAUCUAUCUAAAGCUUUUGUUAGUGAGAGUGCUUGCACAGUAUGGUCAAACAGGCUAUUGUCGUGAAGAAGUCAAGAAUGCUGGAAAACUAAAUGGGGCAGCCUGGAGUCAUGGUUCUCUGAGGAAAGACUCUAAGAGAGACAGAAUGGUACCAAAGAAAGGUGGAGGGGCUGGUGAGGUGGCUUAGUUGGUAAAACCACUUGUUACCAAGACUAAUGAUCUGGCUUCAGUCCCCAGGACCCACAGGGUGGAUGGAAGAGAGUUCCUACAAGUUGCCCUCUGACUUCCAUGCGCACAGUGUGGCAUACCUGUGCCCACACAUACACACCACAAAUAUACGCAUACAUAAAUUAAACAGUGCAAUUAAAACAUUUUUCCAAAAGAAAGAGAGAGUAGAAAGUAGGAGCAUUCUGAGAGCUUCGGAGGUCAGUCAGUGACCACCACUCAUGGGAACAAAGGGGCCAGCACACAUGACCCACAUCUAAUAAAGUGUCCCUAGGAGACCCUGCCAGAGCAGCACACUCCACUGCGACUCCCAGAGGAAAUGGCCACUUUGGAGAUUAAUCUCAUUCUAUAGAUUUUUAUGAUCUAAAUUUAUCUCAUGAGCAAUUUUCGAAGCUCUAGGGAGGGACUUGCUUAUGUUUUUAUGUUUUUAAAACAGAAUUUAUUUUAACUACAAAGAAAGGCUGGCUUCCCUAUCAAUUAAAUCUUGUUUCAAUUUGUAUAACUAUCAUUUAGGGCAUUACAUUAAGUGAUUGAAAUUUCUGCUUAAAGAAGGUCACUUUCAAUUUAGUAAACAUCCCUAAGUCAUCAUGUUAAUUCCCAGCCAGUCACCCAAGAAAUGCUGAGUCAGUAAACAAAAUCAAGCAUUAGCUAACUAGCCAUGAAUCCACUUGACUUUAUUAAUUUCUCUCUUGGCAGAGAAACAAGAAAAGGAAGCAAACCAUCAGAGACAUUCACGCAUCAUUCAUUCAAUAAAUAUUUAUUAUAUGCCUAGUGCCAGGCACUCUGCUAAGCUAAAUACAGGUUUCACUGAGUUAUUAAUAUUCCCACCUACAUUAUCUAUGAAGUCUUCUAAAGAGUAAGAUCCUAUUUUCCAUAAAUAUACAAUUUUAACUCCCAAGAUGUUUUAUCUUCAUUUCUGACCUCAUACCUUCCCCCAUGGAGUGAGUUACACAUCCCAGAGAGAACUUCAGACCCCAUGCCUCCAAAAGACUCCUAUCAUCUGUGAGCAGUUAUUGAGCAGAAGAAACUCAAAGAAGAAGCACUAGAAAUGCACCCAAUGUGUUUAAAGUUCUAGGUGAAUGCAAGAUAAAUUAUUCAUAUUAUCACACUUGGUUUUUGUUUUUGUUUUAAUAUGUACAUUUGGGCUUUGUUUUAAGUAGAGUACCUUACAAUUGUUCAAAAAAGUCCUUAAAAAUACUAAUGUUCUCUCUCUCUCUCUCUCUCUCUCUCUCUCUCUCUCUCUCUCCAAAUGUAGACAAGAAUGUAUACAACCUAGAAUUAUAAUCUUAGAAUCCUGCCUUAUCAGAGAAAUUCCCAUUGCUUUAUUACAAAAGAGGCAAACCCUCUUCCUGUCUUCUAAAAACAACUGGCACUCCUCAAAAUUCAGAACUCAAGAAAAUACCCACUCUGGGAGCUGAUCAUCAGAAAGGAUGAUGGGGCUGGAGACAUCCCAGGUCCCCCUAUGAGUUAGGGGCUCCGAUCUAGCCACAUCCUCUCUGACACCUCUUUGAGGAGCUGGUAUGAACACUCCAAGCAUGCACUGGCACACACACGCACACAGUACCCUUAUACGUGUCCCCUGACACCCACAUGCCCAACUCCUCCAGAGAGCAAGCUUACCUACAUACACAAAACACCCCCAAACUCCCAGAAGAGCUGAGAAGCCUUUCCUUCUGCCUGGCAGUCUCCUGAGGCUGCUGACAUCACAAAAGUGUCAACUGGCGACCUCAUUGUCAUGUGGCUCUCCCCUGGCUCCCCUUCACUUACAAAGGCAGGGGAAGGGUGAGACCUUUCAAAGCCGCCAAGUGGGCAAGCUUCCAACAGCACUCCGGACUGAGCAAGAGGCAGAGCCACCAAGCCAGCAGCAGGGCACUGGGCCUCGCGUUUCAACUUCUGUUCAGUUCUCCUGUAAUGGAAAAUUGCUUUGCACAAAGCUAGAGUGUUACAGUUUUUUCCAGCACCCAUCCCCUGCCCUGCCCCGCCCCACCCCUCUGCAGCCUUCAGAUCAGAAGGACAGCUUGUGCCCGCCCUCAGGAAGGUAGAAGGAGGAGAACUGUGGCUUCUUACUAUGUCCCUUGCUUCAGGCCCUGGCCCCCAGUUGUUACUCUUUUCUCUAGGAAUGGGGCUGGUAUCAGGGUCCAAGUGCCCAACCAACUGUCUGUGUCAAGACCAAGAAGUAUCUUGCACAGAUAUGCAGCUAAUGGAAUACCCACUUGACAUUCCUCUGAACACCCGGAGGCUACUCCUGAGCAAUAACAAAAUUACUAGUUUACCAGCCAUGCAGCUGGGAUUCCUCAGUGACCUUGUUUACCUGGACUGUCAGAACAACCGGAUUCGAGAGCUGAUGGAUUAUACCUUUAUCGGGGUCUUCAAACUCAUCUACCUUGACCUCAGCUCCAACAACCUAACUUCCAUCUCCCCAUUCAGCUUCUCAGUGCUCAGCAACCUGGUGCGGCUGAACAUUUCGAACAACCCUCACCUGUUGUCUCUCGACGAAUACACCUUUGCCAACACCAGCUCCCUGCGGUUCCUGGACCUCCGGAACACCGGGUUGCAGAUCCUGGAACAUAACUCCCUGCACCAGCUGACAAUACUCCAGACCCUGUAUCUAAGUGGAAACCCCUGGAACUGCACCUGUGAUUUCCUGGACUUCGCCAUCCACUUACUACUGUCCCACACGGAGCACCCAGACGGUCAGAGUGCCACGUGCACAGAGCCCACUGAGCUGAAAGGGUGGCCCAUCACAAAGGUGGGGAACCCACUCCAGUACAAGUGCAUCACACACCUGGACCAGCAGGACUACAUCUUCCUCCUGCUCGUCGGCUUCUGCAUCUUCGCUGCCGGCACUGUGGCCGCCUGGCUCACAGGUGUGUGUGCUGUGCUGUACCAGAACGCUCGUCGGAAGUCGGCCGGGGAUGAUAUCGAAGACGAGUCCGGGAGUAGGGUCGCCGGCCAGAUUUUUCGAGGCAACACUUACUUCAGCCAGAAUCGAUUCCCUCAGCUGAUCUAGCUGCCAGAGACCACUACCAAUUGUGCCUUCCCUGCUCUGGCUCCCUGCUUUCUCACACACCCUCCCAUCUCACCACCACUGUCUUGGAGAUUGAAGCCUCCCAGUAAAAUAAAUAAAAUAUUUGGUGGUCAUUUCUGAGAC